GUCAAGAGAGGUACAUGGCUGCCUCGAACCUCGGCACGUUCGUGCUGGACUCGUCCGGGGAGCCCGCGCCGCUGAGCCUGAGCCACUGGUCCCUGGGCGACGGCCCGUUGCUGGCGCUGGCCGCGAGCCCGCUGAAGGCGUCCCUGCGCAACAUGGUCAGCUGCGACCUCAGCGGCAACCGGCUGAGCAACGCCGGGCUGCAGGCGCUCGCCGAGUCCAUCGGCAUCAACACCACGUCCCUGAACCUCUCGGAGAACAGCUUCGACCAGGUCGGCGCGGAAGAGGUGGUGUCGAUGCUGCAGCGCGGGCUGCCCGCGCUGAAGGAGUUGGACCUGUCGCGCAACCACCUGCACGACGAGGUGGUGGCCAGGGUCUGCGGCAAGAUGCACGCGGGCAGCCCCAGGCUGCGCGUGCUGAGGCUGUCCGACACGCGCAUCG